GAUGAGCGGCGUGCCGAACGUCAUCAGUCCGCGCCUCUAUGAAAUGCAGUAAACAGAAUGGAUCAAAGCGCUUUAGAUCUUGUUAAGGUGCAUGGAGGUGGAGGUUAUGACUCUGACUUCAGCGAUGAAGAUGGUGGUGGAGAAAAGUCCAAAUAUGGAGAGAUCAGGGCAGGUGAAGAUGAACUGUUACAUAAGCCGUUCCAGAAAGGCAAACGUACCAGCUUGGCCCAUAAGAAUGUGGCUGCAGCUGAAUGGGACAGAGAGGAAGCCCGAAAUCGACGGCAACACCUGAUCUCAAUGAACGCUUUUGACCGGCACAAGAAGUUCGUCAGCGACUACAUACUGUACUAUGGAGGAAAGAUCGAAGAUUUCAGGCGGUCCAUGAAUAAAGAUAAGACGGACCUGGACGUGGUGCGAGAAAACCAUCGUUUCCUGUGGAGAGAGGAGGAUGAGGAGGAGAUGACAUGGGAAAAAGAGCUCGCAAAGAAGUAUCACGACAAGCUUUUUAAAGAGUACUGUAUCGCAGAUCUCAGCCGAUACAAAGAAAAUAAGUUUGGUUUUAGGUGGCGCAUUGAAAAUGAAGUUAUAUCUGGAAAAGGUCAGUUUCUGUGUGGUAACAAGCGCUGUGAGAUAAAGGAUGGUCUGAAGAGCUGGGAGGUGAAUUUUGCUUAUGUUGAGCAGGGAGAGAAGAGGAACGCUCUUGUGAAACUUCGUCUUUGUCCAGAAUGCUCCUUCAAACUCAACUAUCAUCACCAGAGAAAAGAAGUAACCUUUCAGAAGCGACGGCGAUCGAAAGACGGCGAGAAAAAAUUACAAUCAAAGAGACCCAGAAACCAUAAACGCAAGGACAAACGCAAACACAAAAAGAGACGCAAAGAAUCGUCUUCCUCGUGUUCAGAAGAGGAGCCCCAGGGCUCUGAUAAAGACACAGAGAGUGAAGAGGAGGAGGGCCCUUCAGAAUCAGACCACUGGAAGGGUCCGGCCCCCACCGUGGAGGUGAAAUCCAGGGAGGAAGAAUUUGACGAGUAUUUUCAAGACAUGUUUCUCUGAGUCCCGUCAUCAGUCAGAAUUCCAUUCCUGUUGUGUUCAGUUUAUUCAGAACUGAAUGGCGACAGCUCUUUAAGUUCGUUAAGAGACAGUUAGGAGAUGUUUAUCCGGCUUAUGGCACCUCUCGGAUUCUCCAGAAUCACUUUAGCCCACUGUAAUGGCAGUCGGCCAAUCAGUGAGCAGAAUGUGGGUGUGGGGUGACAGGGCCGUCUGUUCUCGCCGCUCUCCCGCUCCAUGUGGCAUUUACUUGUGUUUGACUGGACUGUUGCAUUCCUCUGCUUUUACACACAAAUAAAAUGAGGCGUGAGAUUUAGACAAUAUCCAAGCUGCAAUAUUGAGAGCAAGGAAGGUCAUUUAUCUCUGCUGUCAGCCAGUUACCUGAUCCGCAUUACCUGAGGAUGAUCCAGUUUUACUCGCAAAUCCCCAUGCAGCGUGAUGGACAUGUCACGGUAACUCUUGACAUGCCCUUUAAACAGUCACUGAGACCAGAAGCUCGUACGUUCAAUGAUUACUCAAUACUCAAGAGAAUCCUGUAUAAUGUGUUUAUUUGUUCACUUGACAUCAUUUACAGUAUGGUACAUGCGCGGUAGUAUUCAGUAAAUAAAUAUGCAUGUCCACACUCGCUCAGAGAGAUGUUGUACAUAUUAAUGCAGUUUUAUACACGCCUCACAAAGUGCACAAACCAUAAACCUGAGAUGAGAUUAGCAGAUUUAUCUGGGGUUCUGACAUUUAAGCGCAGUCACAGUUAUUUAGUCUCUGAGGAACCGACGUGACUUCUGUUAUUGGAUUAAAGGUCUUCAUUUUAAUAAGACCAAAGCGUUCAUUUAGCUUGUAAUUAUCAAACCGCUUAAGUUUGUCCUAACCAGUCAAUUAUUUGUCAUGAUUGUCGAUCGCUAUUUUUUUUAUAAAAUACCUUUGGCUUUUUAAUUAUAUUCAUCUUGUUUGGGAAAACAAGCAAUAAAUACAACAUUUCUUUUGGUUUCUCAGCAUUGACCUUUUUGAACCAACAGUUUUGGGUGAAAAAAGAAAGUGACUUGGAGCUUCUGAAACGGUUUUGUGGCGUGUUGUUCUGUCAGAAGAGAUCUCUCCAGCAGUCUGCUGUAAAUAAGCUCGAUGUUUAACGGUUAAAUCUGAGGGAAUCUCAGGAGCUCCACCCCAGCAAACUCACUCCAAUCUCUUUAUUGGUUUACACAAGUUCAAGUACUGACUGUUCCCUCCUGUCAGGUCCCGUAAAUAUCCCAUCCCGCUUGCUUUUCCUGAAAAAUAAUGCCAAGGUAUAAACAAAUACCGCUAUAUAAAGAAUUGAUAUUCUAUGUAAUGACAAGUUCAAUGUUAUACUUUCAAAUAUUACAUUGUGUUCGCAAACUAUGUUUGAUGUAAGUUUAGGUAUCGUUUAAAGAUCAAAGAACAAACGUCAAAGUUUUGCUGGUAAACGUUUCCCACGUUAACGUUCCCAAAUACAGGUUCCGUUGACACAGAAUUAGCCUUCGUGACACAAAAACAAAAUAAUUAUUCCUAUGUUUAAAGGAUCGAAAAGUCUUGUUACUGUAUAUCCGUAACUUUGAGAGUCAUGAUGUUUAGCCUGGCGAUCAGUCAUCCUCCAGCUUCUAAUACAGUACUGUAGGUCCUGUUGUUCAACUGUGUUGGUCCUUCAAUCCUAAACAAGCAACUGAUAUGAGUUUGAAUGUGUUUUUCAGGAGUUUAUGUGGGACAGAUUUCGUAAGACGAAUGAUUCAGUUUAAAGCUGAACUUAGUGAUUCUAGAGUUAUUAGAGUGCUCCUGUUGCUCAGUCGGUGUGGUUCAAUUCCCAGGGAACAUGUGCACCUUGAAUCCGCUGUAUGUCGCUUUGGAUAAAUGCGUAAAUGCAAACUAGACAAAUAUGUGAAACGAAUGCUUAUCAUAGUAACCGCUACAUCUAAAGGUUCCUGUUGACAUCAGAAUGUCUUGAGAGCCAAAGAAUCAAGUGUCAUGGAUUUAAAAGUCACAUAUAAACUGCAUGAACUACAACAGAUUGUGUCGAGUUGUGUUACGGCAGGUAUAACAGUUGCACGUGUCUGCUUUCCUCCCCUGAUGUCAAUGGAACGAGUCUAUAUGGUGAAGGUUCCUGUGGCAUCCACUCAGCAAGAGAAAUGUACAGUUCUUCCGUUUCUGGUGAAUAGCUACGUGUUCACUUGGAGGAGGCCCAUCCAGGGUAAAUAAGACAGGAGCAGGAGGAAGAUGGUGUUGAAAAU